CGCGCGGGCUGGCGGGCGGGAGCGGCCGCCCCUUUGUGCCCGGCGGUGGCGGCGGCCGCUGUGAGCCGCAGGAGGAGCGCUGCGGAGCUGCUCGCGUCCCCUGCGGGCUUUGCCUGCCGCUGUAGUACGGGGUUCGGGUCCAGCCCCUGUCCGCUGCCUCGCCCUAAGCUCGCGCAUGCUGCGGGCUGCGCUCCUAUUUCGUGCCGUUUGCUGUACUUAAAAGGGCCCGUGGCGAGCAGUCUCGUUUUUUGUAGUGAAAUGGUCAGUAUGCCCUAAAGCAGAAUUGGGAACGGUUUCAUUAAUAAAGGUAGGACUCCGAAGGAUCACAGAUAGGGAUCGGAAGGGACCUCUGGAGAUCACCUAGUCCCCCCCCCUGCUAAAGCAGGUUCCCUGCGGUAGGUCAUACAGGGAAGCAGCUGGGUGGGUUUUGACUGUCUCUGGAGAAGGAGACUCCCCAGUCUCUCUGGGCAGCCUGUCCCAGUUUUCUGUCACGCUGACAGUACAGAAGUUCUUCCUCACGUUUUUAUGGAACUUCCUGUGUUCUGGGUUUUGCCUGUUGUCCCUGGUUCUGUUGCUGCAUGUCACUGGAUAGAGCCUAGUCCUAUUGACUUGAGCCCUGUACUUUAGAUAUUUAUAAACAGUGAUUGUACUUUAGAUAUUUAUAAAUGGUGAUAAGAUCCUCAUUGGUCUCCUCCAGGCUCAAUGGCCCCAGGUCUCUCAGCCUUUCAUCAUGCUGGAGAUGCUCCAGGCCCCUCAUCAUCCCCUUUGUGGCCUUCUGCUGGACUUGCUCUAGAAGUUCCAUGUCUUUCUUGAACUGAGGAGCCCAGAACUGGGUACAGCAUUCCAGAUGUGGUCUCACUGUCUGGAUCCAAAAGGGUUUUGUUGAUUGACACGCAUAAAGAGGCCACUUAAGUCAUGGUGCCUGAAAUUGGCCAUUAGAAUGCUUUAGCACAACAGCAGGAGCAUCCCAUGUGGCUUGCUGUAAGAAACCACGGGCCUUCUCCAUCUCUUAGAACUUUCCAAGCAUAAUAGUAAUGUAGUGGUUACAGUAAACAUCCUGAAGACAUCAGACUACAACAGACUUAUGAAAUCAGUGCUACAGGAGUGGCUAUUGCAAGAAACUGCGGCAUACACUCUUCCUCUUAGGUUGACCGAACUUGAACUAAGAGCAGAAGCACCUCGGCUUCUAUUUUGUUAUGACCAUUCACUGUGGAUAACUUGCUUAUUGCAGGUGUUGUUGAUCUUCUAUUUUCAGUCUAAAUUUAUUCAUAGCCACUACUUAAUAACCGUUCUUCUGGUAGUACUGUCAUGGAAUCGUAGAACAGCCUGAGUUGGAAGGGGUGGUUGAGUCAUGCUUUGUCGAGUGCUUCUUUCUCGUGGUUCCACCUCUUAGAGCAUUCACAGUGAGCACUUGUGUUUUCUGAUGCUUUACUUUGGGAAGCAAUCUAAAUUCUUCUGGUUUGCAUGGCAGAUUUUCAGUUUCCUUGCCCAUCAUAGCUGUUCUCUGCAGCUGUUACAGUUUCAGUUCUUGAACACUGAUAACCAAAAAUGAAUGUUCAUAUUAGCUGGUCACAAAAUGGUGAAGGUAGCAUUUCUAAUGGAGUGUUUAAAUGUAGCAAUAUAUUGCUAAUAUUAUUUAAUGAAACGUAAUUACAAAUAGCUAUACACAAACGUGGUUGAAACCAACAGGCAGUAGUAUGGCUCUCCUUUCUAGUGACUUGUGUUAUUAAAGGCAUUUGGGUAUUUGUGUUGUAUAUCUUGAAUUGUAGUUUUCAGAACAUAAGGCUUCUUAGCACUGCUUUUUCUCCUAGGGAAGCUUAAAGCAAUAUGUAGGAGCUGAAAUUGUCCACCAUCUUUAGAAUUGAACCAUUCUUUCUUUUCCUGUUUGAUGUUUUUCUUUUUAAAAUGGCAGCCUUGGUAGGAGAGGAUUUAAAAUUAUGCAGCUCCAUCUACUAUCACCUCAUUCUUAGACGUAAUCUUAGCAUGUUCUAGAAGUACUCUGUGUUUGAGAGGAGGACUCCUUGCUGAAUACAGAUGUUUUCAUGUAGUCAUGUUUUUACUGGAAAUAAUCAGUUAUGUUGUGCAUUCUUUCGAAGAAAGACAAGUUAUUAAAAUUGACUUCCUAGGUGAACAGGAUAUUGUGCCACAUAAGGAAGGUAAUGUAGGGGGUGGGAGCUGUCUGUGCUGCAGUUUGGAUCUCUCCAUAGAUUGUGUAUUACUAUUCUGGUAUGUGCACCAAGCAGCCAUAGAACUUAGAGAUUUAGUUACAUGCUUAAUAUAAACAGUCUGACCGAGUUUUCUUCCCAAAUUUGGGUGCCUAAAUAUAAAUAGCCUGACUUUUAAAUAUGUCAAACUCUGCAGCUCCUGAUGACCUAAAUUGGAUCUGUGCAUAUUCAGCACCCUUGAUUGAAGAUCAUGCUGCUUAGUAGAGACCAACGUUAAAGUCUUAUAUAAGUAGAUCAGGAAUUUCAAUUACUGAGCAGUGAUGUUUUCAACUUCUGCAUGUGGGUUUUUGGUUUAAUAUCUACCAGGUAACAGUAUUUCAGCAUCUCAGCAAAAGUAAUAGUUGGAAUUAAUUAGACUAAGCUAUUGCAGGUCACAAGCCUCUGGUAAAGUAAUAAGUGGAGAUGAACAUUUUUCAAGCAAGAAGUGCCUAGCAUGGUUUCAUGAAUAUGCAGGUCCUGAUGAUGUUGUGGGGCCUGAAGGAAUGGAAAAGUUCUGCGAAGACAUUGGUGUUGAGCCUGAAAAUAUUAUUAUGUUAGUUUUAGCCUGGAAGCUAGAGGCUGAAAGCAUGGGAUUUUUUACCAAGGAAGAAUGGUUAAAGGGGAUGACCUCAUUACAGUGUGACUGUACAGAAAAGUUACAGAGUAAAUUUGACUUCUUGCGGUCACAGUUGAAUGACAUCUCAUCCUUUAAGAAUAUCUACAGAUAUGCCUUUGAUUUUGCAAGGGAUAAAGACCAGCGAAGUCUUGAUAUUGAUACUGCAAAAUCCAUGUUAGCGCUUCUGCUUGGAAGAACUUGGCCACUGUUUUCAGUAUUUUAUCAGUACCUGGAGCAAUCGAAGUAUAGAGUCAUGAACAAGGACCAGUGGUACAAUGUGUUAGAGUUCAGCAGAACUGUCCAUGCAGAUCUUAGCAACUAUGAUGAAGAUGGUGCAUGGCCUGUACUUCUGGAUGAAUUUGUUGAAUGGCAGAAAGUUCGUCAAGCGUCAUAGCAAGAAUUCAAAAGAAAAUGCAAGUGUUUUGGUGCCCGCCUGUACACAAACUAAUAAGAAAAACAAAGGAUUGCAUUUUCAUUUUUAUGAAAGACUUUACAGUAAUUUUUUUCCUUUUUUAAGGAAGUUUUCUUGUUACAUGUGAUAUGGGCAUUUGAACCACACCUCUUCUGAGACUGAAAGUUGGAGUUCUUGUUUUGAGUCUUAUGUUUAUAGCAUUUCUUUCAGAACAAUAAAGAUUCAGAUUUGUGACAAAGGCCUAAAAGUGAA